AUGAUAUCCGAUGACCCCCCCUCCUGCAUCACGGACACGCACUCAUGACGAGAUAUAGCUGGAGUGGAGCUCUGUCGGGGGGGCAUGUCGUGUAUUGCGUGAUGGUUUCAUCAGCUGUGCGCGUUUUUGCAGCGGGGGUGCCAGUUGGUAGACCUCCCCUGCGGGGCAGGAAGCCCGUGUCGGGGUGUUCUGUGCCCGGUGUGGGCAGGAGAGAUCAGGUGGAGCUGCUCUCCUUGCGAGGGGAGGCAAAAGCCGUAUUUCAUCAGUUUAGGGGGACACGGCCGGGCAGGGAUGGUUCCGACCGCGCUGGGGGUGUGAUCGGCGCGGCGAAGCGGCGAUGUGGGGACCGGGCGGGCGGAGGCCGUUGCUAGGGGACAGUUCUCGCAGCUUCGGCCCCGUGUUCAGGACCGAGCUGGCCGGCCGGCGGGGCGACAGCCUGGCGCUGCAGUUUGCCGAGGAGGAGGAGGACGACGACGACUUGCAGUUUGACAACUCUGUUUCAUGCCCAGCCUCGGACUCUCCCGAGCAGUGUGAGGCUGUGGAGAAGUACUCCGCGAUCAAGGAGUUUGCCUCUGCCAUCCCUAACCAGCUGCUGCUGGGCUCUCUCCUGGAGCACCUGUGCUGUGUGUACGAGAAGGAGCCACACCGCUCACACCUCCUGUUUAAAGUGAUCAGCCAGCAGCUGGCCGCGAUGAACCUGCUGUCCCCCUUGGCGUUCAGUGAUGAGUUCAGCACGGUCAGGCUGCAGCACAACCGGGCCUUCACAGAGCUCCUACGCGCUGCCAGCAGCACCAUCCACUCUCAGGAUCGUAGACUUCUGGGUAAAGGCGCCCAGGGCCACACGGUCAGAUCCAAAGAGGACCUUUUCCAAAGACAGACAUCCCGAUAUCUCAGUGAGUUUGAGGAGAUAUCCAAGCUUGGAAAGGGGAGCUAUGGAAAAGUUUUUAAGGUGAAGAACAAGCUGGAUGGCCAGUAUUACGCAGUGAAGAAGAUUCUCAUCAAGAAAGCUACAAGGAAUGACUGCAUGAAGGUCCUCCGGGAAGUGAAAGUACUGGCGGGUCUUCAGCAUGCCAACAUAGUGGGCUAUCACACUGCCUGGAUGGAGCACGUGCAGCCUGCAGGGAAGAGCACGGCAUCUUUGCAUAAUAAUUUGCUAGCACUGGAGAGACCGUCGCAGAUGGAGGAUGGCGAGGAGAGCAGUAACAGCAGCAAUGGCGUCUCUGUAGUCUUUGAGAGCUCUGCCGCUUCAAAGAAGGCAAAGGAAGACGUGGCGAUGCCAAAACCCCUGCCACAGGACUCGCAGGGCACCGGCGCCCAGAGGCAGGAGCAGAAGCCUGCAGUGUGUCCCAAAGGAAUGCACAACCCGAAGGGCUCCAUUCCCUGCGUGUAUUUAGGACCCUCUGGCCAGGCGGCAGAGGGCUGGGAUGGAGCGGUGCUUGCAGAAGAGGGCUGUAGCAGGGACAAGCUGAACCUCCAGAGCUCCUGCCUGGAGGGGGACAGCCAGACGUGGAGCAGCGUGUGCCCGCUGAGGGAAGCCUGCGUGCACCGAUCCUCGGAGGUGCAGUACCACCUCAUGCUGUACAUCCAAAUGCAGCUGUGCGAGAGCUCCCUAAUGGACUGGAUUCUGGAACGGAACGAGAGGCCCGCGGCGGAUUCUACUGCAGCCGCCUCCGGGUACAGCCUUGUGGACACCAAGCUCACAAUGAGCAUCCUUGGUCAGAUACUGGAAGGUGUGCAGUACAUUCACUCCAGAGGGGUCAUGCACAGAGACCUGAAGCCCAGGAACAUUUUCCUCCACGGCCGGGACUGCCGCGUGAGGAUCGGAGACUUCGGCCUCGCCUGCAGGGACAUGAUCGUCGAUGACAGCGGGCCCUCAUUCCCAGACACCUGCACCAUCGGUUCUGCACAUACCACUGGUGUGGGGACGUACGUCUAUGCUGCUCCAGAACAGCGGGAAGGGUCUCGUUACGACUACAAGUCGGACAUGUACAGCGUGGGGAUCAUCGCCCUGGAGCUCUUCCAGCCCGUCAGGACGGAGAUGGAGAGGGCACGAACGCUGGAGCAGCUGCGCGUGGGGACGAUUCCCGAGGCCUUCGCCCAGCGCUGGCCCGUCCUCGCCAAGUACAUCCAGCGGCUGAUCAGCCCGGAUCCUGCUCUGCGGCCCAGCGCCGCCCAGCUGCUGCAGAGCGAGCUCUUCCACCACACUGAUGAGGUGAUCCAUUCCUUACAGAGGAAGGUGGCGGAACAGGAGGUGGAGAUUGUGCAGCUGCGGAGGCAGAUCAGCGAGCUCCUGCAGGCCCAGCGCAGUGAGGACCCGCGCUAGUGGAGCAGAGGACCCCUGGCAGCUGCUGUACAGAAAUGUGAAUUUGUAAUUUACCGAGAAUACCGGCUUAUGUUUCUUUUGUAUUGUUUUAGCAUAAUGGCUGCUUUUAAAGCGAUGCGUUAUUUAAUUAGGUUUUGCCUUUCUUUAAGGUCCAUAAUAAAACAUUCGUCUACAAGG